UAAAGGCAAAAUUGGGUUGGAGGAAAUUAGGGAACACAAUUAGGAGUCCACGACAGACAAACAACGAUUGGAAUCUGUACGUCCAACCAAGGUGGAGAGCAGCGGAGAGCCUCCUCCAGCCUUCUUCUGACGGCGCCGAGGCUUUCUCCUCAGCCACCGCCGCAACAGCCGCAGCAGCAUCAGGAUAAACGACCCCAUCGCAGCCAAAGCGCCAACAGCAACAAGAUGAAGGGAUUAUUCAAGUCCAAGCCCCGAACCCCCGCCGACAUCGUUCGUCAGACCCGGGAUUUACUCGUCUAUGCCCAGCGCGCUCCCGAUUCUCGCGAAAGCAAACGCGAGGAAAAGAUGUCAGAGCUAUGUAAAAACAUAAGGGAGCUGAAGUCGAUUCUCUACGGCAAUAGUGAGUCUGAACCCGUUUCAGAAGCUUGUGCCCAGUUGACUCAUGAGUUUUUUAAAGAGAACACACUUCGACUUCUUAUUACAUGUCUUCCGAAAUUGAACUUGGAGGCUCGAAAGGAUGCCACUCAAGUUGUUGCAAAUUUGCAAAGGCAACAAGUUCAGUCCAAGUUGAUUGCAUCUGAUUACUUGGAAGCGAACAUUGAUUUGAUGGAUAUUUUGAUCCAAGGGUAUGGAAAUUCCGACAUGGCUCUGCAUUAUGGUGCAAUGUUGAGGGAGUGCAUACGUCACCAAAGCGUUGCAAGAUAUGUUUUAGAAUCAGAACACAUGAAGAAGUUCUUUGAUUAUAUACAACUCCCCAAUUUCGAUAUUGCGGCAGAUGCUGCUGCAACUUUUAAGGAGCUCUUGACGAGGCACAAAUCUACUGUAGCAGAUUUUCUUUCCAAGAACUAUGAUUGGUUUUUCGCGGAGUAUAACUCAAAGCUACUGGAAUCACCCAAUUACAUUACCAGACGACAAGCUGUUAAGUUGUUAGGAGAUAUUUUGUUGGAUCGGUCAAACUCAGCUGUGAUGACUCGAUAUGUGAGCUCAAGGGACAACUUGAGGAUCCUUAUGAACCUUCUCAGAGAGUCAAGCAAAAGCAUUCAGAUCGAAGCAUUUCAUGUUUUCAAGCUAUUUGCUGCUAAUCAAAAUAAACCCGCCGACAUUGUGAGCAUACUUGUUGCCAAUAGAAGCAAACUUCUACGACUGUUUGCUGAUUUUAAGAUAGAUAAAGAGGAUGAACAAUUUGAGGCAGACAAAGCUCAAGUAGUGAGAGAAAUAGCUGCCAUGGAACCUAAAGACUCAUGAGGGAACUUUGUCAUGUAUGUGGAUUCUUGAGUUUCUUGUUCUAUUUGUGAAUUUCAGAGUCUAUUCAACGUUCAAAUGAGCCUCAUCUUCUAUCCCCCUUGCUUCUUCCUGUGUAGUUGCCAAGUUACUACUUGUGUUUUUGCAAAAGGUAGAUAAAUAAAUUGGUAAAAUGUUCGAUGUUGUACUCAAGGUUAUCCCAAUGUUUAAAACUUUUUGACCACGCAUUAAUUUAAUGUGUUCAAAUUCACUCGACUGUGA